CGAUGAGCAGCCGCCGCAGCCUGCCGGGGCUGAGCACGGCGUGUCCCGCCGCACGCGGGGCCGCCCUGACCUUGGCAGCGGAGUCCCGAUGCCACCUCCUGCCCUCGGAACUCCUCCGGGCCGGGCGUGGGGAGGUCCGAGCUCUGGGUUUGCUGUAGAAGUGGCAGAGCAGUCGUUAACUCGGCAUGUCCACGAGCAGUUUGUAAUAGGAUCGUGUAAUCACAAAGAAGACGCGGGAGUAGGAGGAAAAUAUCUUGACACCUUCCAGGAAUCUGGAGACUUUUCACUCUGCAAUAAUCAAUAAACAAGUGUGAAGCAUGAGGAUCAACUCUGCUCUUCAGGCUGCUAUUGACCUCACAGCAGGAGCUGCAGGUGGGACAGCCUGCGUGGUGACUGGCCAGCCCUUCGACACAGCAAAGGUGAAGAUGCAGACGUUCCCUGACAUGUACAAAGGAAUUGUUGACUGUUUUGUGAAAACCUACAAACAAGUGGGAUUUCGAGGCUUCUACAAGGGGACCACACCUGCUCUGGUAGCCAACAUUGCAGAGAACUCUGUUCUUUUCAUGUGCUAUGGGUUCUGCCAACAAAUUGUGCGAAAAAUUGUUGGAGUAGACAGGAAAACAAAGCUCAGUGACCUACAGAACGCUGCCGCGGGCUCCUUCGCCUCUGCCUUUGCCACACUUGUCCUGUGCCCCACAGAGCUGGUGAAGUGCCGGCUGCAGGCCAUGCACGAAAUGCAGUUGUCGGGAAAGAUAAUGCAGGGACAGAAUACAGUUUGGUCAGUAGUGAAGAGCGUUAUCCAAAAGGACGGCCCCCUCGGGUUCUACCGCGGCCUGUCAAGCACUUUGCUGCGGGAAGUCCCCGGCUAUUUCUUCUUCUUUGGGGGGUAUGAACUGAGCCGGACGUUCUUUGCCUCUGGGAGAUCGAAAGAUGAAUUGGGUCCCAUUCCUUUGCUGCUCAGCGGAGGUUUUGGAGGCAGCUGUCUGUGGAUUGCUGUGUAUCCUGUGGACUGUGUCAAAUCUAGAAUUCAGGUUCUUUCAAUGGCUGGAAAGCAGACGGGCUUCAUGGGAACGUUUGUAACUGUUGUGAGAACUGAAGGUGUACUUGCCUUGUAUUCUGGACUAAAGCCAACUAUGAUCCGUGCAUUCCUGGCCAAUGGGGCACUGUUCCUUGCCUAUGAGUACAGUCGGAAACUUAUGAUGAAACAGAUAGAUUCUUACUGAUACCUUCUAGCAAACAGAACAACCCUUGAAAUAAAUGAUCAAAAAGGACUCAUCAUGAUCUGAGAGCAUUACCAGAUCACUGACCUGAUUUUAGGAACUCAAUUCCAGUUUAGAAUUUGUAAUCUUUUAAAUUCAGAUGAUUUUUAUGAAGAGGUAUACAUGCUUCUUGAAUUGAACUGGCAGGACUGUCUCCAUCUUGCAGAUUCUGCACAUCAUAAAUGUCUUUUCCUGCCUGUAAUGGUGCUAAAAAGAUGUACUGGUUUUUAAUGUUACAGGCAGAACAGGCUAUGAUUUAAGAAAAGCACUGCUUUAGAGCCUGUGCUGUGACUGCUACAUUUCCCAUUUUUUGCAGGCAAUAUCUGAUUCCAAGUAAUUCCAGUCUUGUCUAAUCUUACUGAGUGCAGCUGUCAUUUUCUAGCUCCCUUCCACCCUAUGACUGUCUAUGAUCAUUGCAGCUGGUUCCUGACUUGCAUACUCUGACACACUGAUGGCCUUACAGAAGCUAGAAGCUUUCGCCCCCUACUUUUACUGUCCUAUGACCUAGAGCUGAGAUAGGGCUGCAUUUGAGAUAAAAUAUGAAGUUUCUGGCUGUAAGGAGACAAAGAGGAGACAAAGCAGCAUUUGUGACAAUUUUUGCUGCAGGCAGUGCUGAAGUAUUAUAAAUGUCACUGAAUUAAACUAACAUAGGAGGGCUACUUGAACAAGCAGCUGUUUCCAAGCAUAGAGUUGUAAUGUGCAAGCUCAUGGUUAGGUCACCUUGAUGGAGAUGAGCCUGCGUGCUUGAAGAAUAGGAAGCUGAAGAGGAACAAAAAGCCAGAGCCAAGUUCUUGAAGACAGCUGACACCAUGGGCUUCAGUUUAUUUCAGCUGGAGUCCUGCCACAUGUGCCACUUGCUGCAGUUCUUCAGCUGCAUGGAAAGCACUUGUUAGCUGUGUUAGCAGCACUUUGACACACCACAUAGAAAUUAGCAACUUGUUACAGCAACUAGAACAUGCCAGUAAGUGACAGUUUCAUGCUACAGCCUGUUCCAUAGCUCCAGAAAGAGGAAAAAGCUGUAGACAAACAUCUCACUGCCUCUUGCGAUAGAGCCAGAGGACACUUGAAUGGGCCACUGGUCUCUGAUGGAAGGUGAUUACUGCAGGUCCAUUGACCCUUUUUGUUUCUUCAGCCUUCAGGAGCAGUGCAAACCCCUCCCACAUAAGGAGCAGUUACACACAGUGCAUGGCUGAAGAGGCUGUAGUGUCUAUUGCACCACUUUACCUCGACUCACUGGUACAGGAGGCAGUAACACUGCACAAAGUCAGUUCUUUAAAAAGGAGCUUACAGCAAAUGCUUGAGUAAUUCAGGUACAAGGGUAGGAUUUCAAGAGUCCUAAGCAUUCUGAAGUUGUUUAUCCAAGAAAAAUAAUAUGAAAUGUCAUGAUUAUUACAAGUGCAUACAGAGAUAACAGAAUCCAUACCCAGGGAAUACUGAAAUCUAUUUCUUAGAUUUGUUUUUACUUUCAUUAUAAAAGCUCAGAUGCAAUAUUUAAUUAAAAAAAGCUUCAAGAGAAGCAGGAGUUUCAGUACCACUGACAGCAGGAAGUUAGUGACAGGAACAGACGUGCAUUUUGAGAGUUUACCUUUCAGAGUUGAACCAAGCAGUGACUUCUACAGCUGCAGUUAAGCUGCACACAUGUAUUGGUUGUUCAGCUGAGAACUUCAUAAUGUUGUUACAGGAAUUCCUAGCAAUAAAGUUUGAUUCAACUGCC